UUGGCCCACGGAUACACUAAUAAGACGCCCUCGUCGCCCGAGCCUCGCCACAUUCGCAAUCUCUCGAAGCCGCGCUCGCUCUCCUCACCAACUUCCCGCGCGUCGACAGCACUCGCGAGGGUUUAUCCUGCCGCACGAAUCCGGUUUCGUCUCUGCGCUCGAUUGUUUCUCGAGAUCUCUCUCGGGUUUUCGCAGGAGCUGAACAUGGAAUUGGCCGCAGCAGCAGCCUUUCAGCCGCCGAUCGGCACGUCGAGGCGCUCGUCGUGCAUGUGUAGAUCGGGUGUUUUGAAGGCCGAUGGACCUAACUUUGUGCGUUUUGGCACCGGAUUGCCUGCCUCGUCGAAGCAGCGUUACACUUCAAGUCUUAGCUCAAGGGCAGGCCAUCGGAGAGUGGCCGUGGGAAGCAGGAGAUGCGUGGUUGUUAGAGCUUCGGCUUCUUUUGAAUCAGCGGGUUCUAGUGCUCCUAUUGCACCACUUAAGCUGGAAUCACCCAUUGGGCAGUUUCUAUCAGAGAUCUUAGCGAGCCAUCCACAUCUUGUGCCUGCUGCAGUUGAGCAGCAGCUUGAACAGCUCCAAACCGACCGCGAUGCUGAGAUAAAAAAGGAAGAACCUUCUGCUUCUGGUACAGAGCUGGUUUUGUACAGGAGAAUUGCUGAGGUAAAGGCUAACGAAAGGAGAAAGGUUCUGGAAGAGAUAUUGUAUGCAUUGGUGGUGCAAAAAUUCAUGGAUGCAAAUGUAUCCUUGAUACCGUCCAUAAAUUCUCCUCCUUCAGACCCUUCAGGUCGAGUUGACGGUUGGCCUACUCAAGAAGAGAUGCUUGAGCAGCUUCACUCUCCUGAAGCCUAUGAAAUGAUCCAAAAUCAUCUGGCUCUCAUUUUGGGAAACCGCAUGGGUGAUACUACUUCUGUUGCCCAGAUAAGCAAACUCAGGGUUGGACAGGUCUAUGCAGCUUCAGUGAUGUAUGGGUAUUUCCUCAAUCGGGUUGACCAGAGAUUUCAGCUUGAGAAAACAAUGAAAGUUCUUCCUAGUGCGUCAGAUGAUAAUGAGGUUAAUAACAUUCAGCAAGUUGUUGGAGAAGACAGAAAGCCGAACACUGGAGAUGAUACUUUCCAGACAGUGCAGUCCCAUCCUGGAGCUUCCUCGUGGCCUGGCAGCAUGAGCCCCGGGGGUUUUGGUAAUGGAUUAAAACCCUCCAGGUUGCGCACCUACGUGAUGUCCUUUGAUGGAGAGACACUUCAAAGAUAUGCAACGAUCAGAUCGAAAGAAGCUGUGAGCAUCAUUGAGAAGCACACAGAGGCCUUGUUUGGAAGACCUGAGAUUGUUAUAACACCUGAGGGCACAGUAGAUUCUUCGAGGGACGAGCUUAUCAAGAUCAGCUUUGGUGGUUUGAAGAGACUUGUCCUGGAAGCUGUAACUUUUGGUUCUUUCCUCUGGGAUGUUGAGAGCUUUGUUGAUUCCAGAUAUCAUUUUGUGACAAAUUGAAGCAUGUUUGCUGGGGAAAUCCGAUGACAUUGCACAACUGGCUAUCUUGGACAAUAGAGUGUAACACGCCGGUGAUAGAGCUGGCUAUAGCUUCUGCUACUUGUCUGUACAUAUGCAUGGGAUUGCUCUUGCUAAGGAUUGAAGAAAGUCAAAUUUGGUACUAAUGCAAUUACUCAUCCGGUUACCUUUUUGGAAACUACCUUCUCCUUUGACCCUCGAAUAUGUUAUAUGAAAUAAAUGGUAUUCAUACAUUUGAAGUUGAUCAAUUAUCUGCUGGUGAUUGAGAAGCCAAAGAACUUCAAAGUCCAGAGGGAAAAAUCAAUGUCUACUUUAGAAGGAGGAAACACUUGUACAAUUGGUAUGACUGUGUUGUUGAAACAAACUUGCUGAGUACUAAUUAACCAGCAAUAUCUCA